AUGCGACGCAAUCUCUGCCUCUCGAUUCUGGCCUUGGUCUUCACGCUGGUCGCGGCGACUUUGCUCGGGUCCGAAGUGCUGGCGCUGAUGUUUGAACAGCCGUGGAGGGCAAAGGACACUACUAUCAGGAAUUACGUAAGUUGGACGGAGGUUUUUUGGGGCUUUUGGGACUUUGACAAGGUAAUUUUUCGCUCGAGAUUUGGGGAAGGUACGAUUCUCAGGAUUUUUGUGAGAACUGUCAAAAAUCAGGCCGCGACUUUCAAAUAUACUCCCUAUUUAUGAUAUAAUAGUCAUACAGUGGGGGACCUGAACCAGUGGCAAAAAACAUACCAUUUUGCAUCCGGGAAGUAUCAAAAAUGUGGCAAAAUGCUUCCCUCUCCGAGUGAAAAAAUUCCGAUUUCAAAAACACGCCCGGUCUUUUUGUGAGGGAGACGAAGUUUUUUUUCACUUGGAGACGGAAGCAUUUUGCCUUAUUUUUGUUGCUUUCCAGAUGCAAAAUGGUACUUUUUUGGCACUGGAUCGGGUCCGUCACUGUAAUUACCCGCGCUAGUUGGAACUAUCGAGUUUUUAACAAGGAUCCUUAAAGAGUAUUGCUCAAAUGGCUUUCCAAUUUCUUUUAAAAUUUUCACUCGUACUCUUAAAUAUUCCGCUUACAUUUUUUUGGCAGCUUUAAUGGCUAUUUUACUGCGACAGCCGAGGAGUUCAAAAGUUCUGUUCUAAUAGUGAGAGAGCACGUAAAAUGAAGAGCGGCCAAGAGCAAAUUGUUUUGGGCCGUAAUUUUUUGAUUUCCGCUUCAUAAAAUAUGAAUUUUUACAUGGAAAUUGCACUCCCUCACUUCUUAGAGACCUUGUUUUUGAAGUCCGAAAUUGCAAAAAGAUAUUGUGUCAUCUUCAGGCCUAACGCUCGCAAAAAUUUCUGCAGAACAUAAAAAUUUUUUUCGACGUGUCCCAAGCCGUAAAAAUCACGAUGAAGAUGUAGCUGUACUUUUACGAUAAAAACAAAAUUUUGUAAAAUUAAUACUAAAUAGAGCUUACAACUUACAGUGGGGGACCUGAUCCAGCGGCAAAAAACGUACCAUUUUGGAUCCGGGAAGUAUUAAAAAUGUUGCAAAAUGCUUCCCUCUUCAAGUGAAAAAACUUCGUUUUGAAGGCUUCCUGGAUGCAAAAUGAUACGUUUUUUGCCACUGGAUCAGGUCCCCCACUGUAUUCUUCCAACCGAAUUUUUUUAUUGACCACAUGUUAAAAACCACAAUUUUUUUACUUUUCAGUGGCUGAUAAUCCGAAUCCUCCAAGUGGUCUCCAUUAUCAUAUCAAUCUUCACUUCCCUUACACUUCUAAUUUCCGCAAUAAACGCCGGACUUUGCUGGAAACCGGCGUCCAUCAAGGGCUAUCAUCUUCGGACUCAGCUGGCGACGAUUACCUUUUUUGCUUUCGGUUUUUUGGCCAUUGGAAGCCAGAUUCUUUUAUUCGAGCAUUUCCGGAGAAUCUCGUUGUUCUUGUACGCGGAUGCGGCGAAUUUUGCGCUACUGGCAUUGUUGUGCAGUUGUCAGAGAAUGGAGGUGAGUUGAGGGGAUAUCGGAAAAAGUGAUCUUUUGUUUGGUGUAAAUUUGCAUGGUAUUGAUAAAGCUGUAACUUCGAACGAUAUCAUCUCUCCAGCACGGACCUGAUCCGGGGGCAAAAAACGUAUCAUUUUGCAUUCGGGAAGUAUCAAAAAUGUGACUAAAUGCCUCCCUUUCCAACUGAAAAUACUUCGAUUUCAAAAGCGCGCCCCUUCUUUUUGUCGAAGGGAGGGGGAAGCAUUCUGCCACAUUUAAAAAAUUUUUAAAAAUGUUUUGGAGAGGGAAGCAUUUUGCCACAUUUUUGAUGCUUCGCGGAUGCAAAAUGAUACGUUUUUUGCCACUGGAUCAGGUCCUUCACUGUAUCGUCAAAAAACAACUUUUCUCUGGCCAGCUCUCUUCAUUUUACGUACUCUUUCGCCAAGUCGUUGAAUACAUCGGCUGUAUGUGCAAAUUGUGGGAUAAAAUUAUACAAGGGUGGUAUAUGAUCUUUAUUUAAGACGCUCACAAAAUUUAGAAACAAAAUUGAGGGUUCCACUGUCAUUGAUAUAAUCUUUUAUAUUUUUGAACUCAAUUACAUCAUUUUCCAAAAAACCGUUCCUCGUUCACCCACCAUGUCUACCCGUCAUCCAGCUGCUCUCUUCUCCUCAGCCCACCCAGUCUAAUUUCAUCAAAUUUCUAAUCAAAUCCCCUCAUUUUUCUUCCAGCUAAUCGACGAGAUGCGCGUCCACGAACCCGUCCCCGCCAAUAAUAAUCAGGAAGAUGAGGAUGUCCUGAACAGAUGGAUCUGCACUCUGGAGAACUCGCAACGUCAUUCGUUCUCGGCGCCCGUCGGCAAGGUCCUGCGGGAGAUGCGACAGAUGAGUCUGGUCGAGUCGCAACUCUCCAACUUUCAUCAGAUAUAA